ACAUCAUUGGCUGUCAAGAUUUUCCUUAGCAUUACAUACCGAGUGCGAUUGGGAGGAAAAAGGUGAUUGUUAUAUAAUUAUUUGUUUUACGAAAGCCAAGUUGUGCGAGCAAACCAAUUUUAAUUCAAUUAAAUUAAAAUCGUUGAUUCGUUUCCCAUUGAAUAAAUAAAAAAAUGGCACCACCACCAUCAUAUUCAGAUCUUGGCAAACAAGCCCGUGACGUUUUCGGAAAAGGUUACCACUUUGGUUUGUGGAAACUAGAUUGUAAAACAAAAACCGAAUCCGGUGUUGAAUUCAGCACAAGCGGAAAUUCCAAUCAAGAAACUGGAAAGGUAGCUGGUUCCUUGGAGACCAAGUACAAAGUCAACGAUUAUGGUUUGUCGUUGAGCGAAAAGUGGACCACCGAUAAUACCCUUUUCACCGAAAUCUCGCACACGGACAAGCUCCUCAAAGGAUUGAAGUUGACAUUCGAAGGCUCGUUCGCCCCACACACUGGAACCAAAAGUGGCAAGAUCAAGGCCUCAUACGGCCAGGAUUUGGUCAAAAUUGACAGUGAUGUUAAUGUAAACUUGGCCGGUCCAGUUAUUAACGCGUCGGGUGUCGUUGGUUACGAAGGAUGGUUGGCUGGGUAUCAAACCGCAUUCGAUACUCAAAAAACCAAAUUGGUCACGAACAACUUUGCCGUCGGUUACGUGUGCAAGGAAUUCGCUGUUCAUACCAAUGUCAACGAUGGUCAAGAGUUCGCUGGAUCUGUUUACCACAAAGUAAACAACGAUUUGGGUUGUGGUGUCCAAUUGUCCUGGUCAGCGGGUAACAACAACACCAAAUUCGGCAUCGGUGCCCAAUACAAUUUGGACAAAGAUGCAGUCGUUCGCGCUAAGGUGAACAAUUCCAGUCAAAUUGGUUUGGGCUAUCAGCAGAAGUUGCGCGAUGGCAUCACAUUGACUUUGUCUACUUUGAUCGAUGGUAAGAACUUCAAUGCUGGCGGUCACAGAAUCGGUGUUGCUCUUGAUCUUGAAGCUUAAAAUAGAUAUUUGUAUUGCACCACUGCCACGUGAAAAUUCAUGAGGUGAAUGUAACUUCAACAACAAAUUGCGUAAUUCUGAACUUAGUAAAAUAAAAUAUGCAAUCUAUCGUUCAAUGGGAA